AAAUAAGAUCUAUAGAGACGCAAACGCAGGGUGAGGUAUUGUAUUUGGGUUCGAAAUUCUGUUUGCAGAAAAGAAGAAAAGGGGAAAAAAAUGGCUCUGAAUCCUCAGUUGUUCCCAAAUGGCAUGCCGGUGCCCUUCCUCAACGAGAUGUUCGUUCUCUCCAGAGGCGGCGUCGAGUUCGAGAUCGACAAAGUCCCAGGAGCUCAAGGUCAUGGGGGUCAUGUUAAAGCUAAGGGGACAAUCUACUUGUCUAAUGUAAGGAUGGUCUUUGUUGCAAAUAAGCCUGUUGGGAACUUCGUCGCUUUUGAUAUUCCCAUGCUCUAUGUUCAUGGUGAGAAAUUUAACCAACCAAUAUUUCACUGCAACAAUAUUUCUGGCCAAGUAGAGCCUGUGGUCCCAGAGAAUGAGCACAGGGCCCUGUACUCCACUUAUUCCUUUAAAAUUCUGUUCAAGGAAGGUGGUUGUGGAACUUUUGUUCCUCUGUUUCUAAACUUGAUCUCUUCUGUGAGACGAUACAAUCAACAAGCAACUCCUGUAUCAGAGCCUCAUGUAGAUCCUUUACAAGCAGCACAAACUCCAGUUGAUGAAAUGAUGAGACAUGCAUAUGUUGACCCUAAUGAUCCAACGAGAAUCUUUUUGCAGCAGCCAACUCCAGAGUCUCAGCUGAGGCGGCGAACUUACCAGUCCCAACCAGCUGAGCAAUACUGAUUUAAACUUCACAUUUUCGAAAGAAACAAGUAAUAUAAUCGUAUUUGUGUAGUUAAGUGCGUAAUAUACCAUGACAUAAAAAAUCAUCUAUUGCGUGUUUUCUUGCCCCAAAAUGUGUGGAUAAUUGUUUCUUAUUGAUAAAUAAAAUGUUUCUGUGUCUUCUGUGUGUAUAUCGGGCAUGGCCGCAUGGUUUAGAUCU